AGUAGCAUUUUCAAGAUCUUAUAAGUUUUCCAUGACACACGUAAAACACAACUCAUUAACGAUGAGAUACUUUAUUGGUUUAUGGCUAGCACUCAUUUUUGUUGCAUUUGCUAACUGCCAGUCUUCCAUUCUUGGCGAUGGAAAACCGGAGUGUACAACUGUUGAAGAAAUAACAACUCGCAUUUUCCGCAAUACUUGGGAUCCAACUGCAUACUGGAGUUGUUCUGAAUUAAACGUGCCAGCAACGUUAAUACGAUGUCCCGACCAAACAGCAUUCCUUAGUAGUCGUAAAGAAUGCGUACCAUGGAGUGAUUGGAAAUGGGAGAGUACAGACCAGCAAUAACAGACAAAGAAAACGUUAAAGAAAAUAUAUCCUAAAUUGCUCUUAAAAAUGUAUCUUUAAAU